CACCGUUUUAGGGUUUCUUCUUCUUCGUGCCAUUGAUAUUUUGAGAGGCGAAGGAUACGAUUCAGAUAAUACUUAGAGAAAUUCAGAGAGAGAAGAGUGAAAAAUGGCUGCGAAAGAAGGAAGUAGGAUUUUUGUCGGUGGUUUAUCGCCGGAAGUGACAGAGAGAGACCUUGAACGAGCUUUUAGCCGCUUCGGUGACAUUCUCGAUUGUCAGAUAAUGCUGGAAAGAGAUACUGGUCGUUCACGUGGAUUCGGGUUUAUCACUUUUGCUGAUCGUCGUGCUAUGGAUGAGUCCAUCAGAGAGAUGCAUGGAAGGGACUUUGGUGAUCGGGUCAUCUCAGUGAACAGAGCUGAACCAAAGCUGGGGCGAGAUGAUGGAGAAAGUCAUGGCUCUAGAGGUGGCAGAGACAGUGGCUACUCAGUUCCUGGAAAAGGAAGCUUUGGUGGAGGUGGAGGUGGCCGUGUUGCUGAAGAUGAAUGCUUCAAAUGUGGACGGGUUGGGCACUGGGCCCGUGAUUGCCCGUCUGCUGCUGGUAGUCGUGGUGGACCCGUUGGUGGUUUUUCUUCUCGUGCUGGUGCGUUUGGAGGAUCCGAUGGACGUGUUGACCGCUAUGCUGACCGUGACCGCUAUGUGGACCGCGAACGUUACAUAGAUGAUCGAUACGACGGUGCUGCACGCUUUGGUGCUAGAGACAGGUUUGACAGCAGAGAAGCCUACAUACCCCGUGACCGAUACGCCAGUGACAGGUAUGCAGCCCCGGCUGAUAGGUUUGCAGGCGGUGAUAGAUACAGCCGAGGAUCAGACCGAUAUCCUCCAGGGAGCUAUGACAAAGCCCGGUCCUUUGAGAGAGAUGCAGUCCCGAGUGCAGGCAGUGACAGGUACGGUGGUGGUAGAGCUGGUGGUCCCAUCCGUGGAGGAGAAGAGGGAAGAGGGUUUAGAAGCAGAGCCGGUGCUCCUUAUGAGAGGCCAAGCCGAAGUGGUGGUGGUGGAGCUUAUCCGUCGUCGUCCACUUUUGACCGUUAUUAAGACAUUAAUGAAAAAAGUGAUUGAUGCUUGGUUAGAGCUUUUAUACACUCACUCUUGUGUGUGCAUGUGGUAAUGAAUAUCUCUCUGUAAGCGUUCUAGGUAUAAAAGACUUGUCUUUUU